GGUUCUGGCUGGGCAAUCAGCUGUCUGUUCAACAAAACAAAGAACACCUCAAAGUACCCAAAGGAAGCUGAACUUGACAGCCCCAACUUGGGAGGAGAUCAUCGCUCGUCAUACUCCGGGAACUUCCAUACACGAUGCGGCAAAACUGUGUUCGGAAGGAUCUUGUACUCCCCUAUCUUCGUUGUAUCAUAUUCCCACACCAGACACUGUGCCUCCAGCGUUAUGGCGCCCAAACAACUGCACGUCUUCACAAGCCGUGGCUUUGCUUAUACCAUAUCGCAAUCGUGAGAUGAACCUUCGGAUAUUUCUGAACAAUAUGUUCAGUUUUUUGUGCAAUCAGCAACUGGAAUAUUCCAUCAUUAUUGUUGAACAGUUGGAGAACACGUCUUUCAACCGCGCCGCUCUUUUCAACAUUGGUUUCAGGGAAUCCGAGCGUAUCAGGAGAUUUGACUGUUUCAUCCUUCAUGAUGUGGAUAAACUUCCAGAGGACGAGUACCUCCCCUAUCGAUGUGAAAGUAACCCGGUGCAUUUGUCCGGUGCACUGGACAUAUUCGGAUACGGGAUGCCCUACAAAGAAUUCUUUGGUGGCGUCUCAGCGAUCAGUCGGGACCAAAUGAUACGAAUCCGUGGUUUGUCGAACAAAUACUACGGAUGGGGUGGAGAGGACGAUGACCUUGCACAGCGUCUAGUCCACAUGCGAUAUCAGAUCAAACGACACCCGCUUGAGUUUUCGCGAUACACCUCAAUUUUUCACGAGCCCGACAAACGAAACGAGAAGAAUCCUGCGCGGCACGAUCUCCUGAAGAGUGCAGAGACGCGAAUGAUGGUCGACGGGUAUCCAGAAACACGGUACACAAUAACUUUUGCUGGCCCAAAACUGAAUGGGCUCAUUUACUGGAUUAGUGUCAAGAUACCUGAGGAUAUGUAA